AUGUUCCACCUCUUCUCCCACUGCUGGUCGUGGCUGCAGGCCAUCCAGGAGCCCAUCAGGAAGGUGACCAUCCUUGUCAUGGGGCUGGACAAUGCAGGGAAAACCUCGGUCAUCAUGGACAUGGAGAGAGCGCUGCCCGGGGAGGCGCUGCCCGGGGCGCAGCCCGGCCGGAGCCGCCUGCGGGUGGAGAGGUUGGAGGUGACGCUGCUGGAGCUGCCCGGGGCCCAGCGCUCCCGCAGCGCCUGGCGCGGCCACUACAGCGAGGCGCACGGGCUCCUCUUCGUGCUGGACUCCGGUGACCUGGCGCGCAUGGACGAGGCCCGCAAGGUCCUGAGCCGCGUCCUGAGCCACCCCGAUGUGUCCGGGAAGCCUCUCUUGCUGCUGGCCAACAAGCAGGACACGGCGGCCGCGCUGCUGCCCUGCGAGCUGAUCGAGCGCCUGUGCCUGGAGCGCCUGGUCAACGAGCAUCGCUCUCCGUGCCGCAUCGAGCCCUGUGUCGCCAAGCGGGUCCCCCCCGCCGGCCCGGCCCGUGCCACCCUGCAGGGGCUGCGCUGGCUGCUCCGCGCUGCCGCCGCUGGCCCGGCCCCGCCGGACCCGGUACCGGCACCGCCGGCCCCGAGCGCCUCCCGAGCCCGCCCGGCCCGCAGGGACCGGGGCCCCCCCGGAGAAGGCGCUCGGGAGGGCGCGGGGAAGAGCGGCGAGCAGCGGGGCGAGCAGCGGGCGCUGCGCCCCCCCUGCCGCCUCCUGCCCCUGGAGGAGAGCACCAAGGCCCCCAGAAGGAGGAAGAGGAAGGUGAAGGUGAAGAUGAAGAAGAAGGGCUCGGGGCAGCCCAGCCCAGCCGAGGAGCCGGAGGGAGCGGGAGCAGGGGGUGACAGCCGUGCGGGGGCUGCCGGGGGGCUGCUGCUCCCCAACAGGGUCGGGCAGGAGGAGCCCAUGGCCACCCCGCACCCAGCUCGGCUGGGUGCAGAGCCAGGUGACAGCAAUCCGGAGGGGAUCUGA